GUUCAUACAUUAACUUGUUGUGUAGUUCUCACCCCUCAUUACCCAUGGACCCCAACAUCAAUUGUGCAUGGAGUGCCUUUGAAAUAGAUAUGGUGAAGUCAUUCAUCACUAGUCACAAAACCAACAAUACCUACACAAAUGGUGUAGCCAAGAAUCACAAUGAUAUUGUUGAUGAGCUCCAAGCAAGGUUCCCAUGCAAAGAGAAGCAACAGGUAAUUCAGUUGUAUGUUAAGCUCAUAGUUGAGAUGAAUACAAUGCAGAGAAACAACCAACAAGUUAUGGCGAGCAAUGCCCUUAUGAAUGAUAACUUUGGGGUGCCAAUGGAGGAUAUAGACAUGAACAACAUGGACAUGUUUCAUGGUUAUAUACUAGACGAUGUGGAGGUGAUGAAGAUGGUAGAGGAACCACUGCACAAGCAGAAUAUUGUUCCUAAGAAAAAGAGGCAACACCCAGUGAUAGUUUGGACACAAGAUGAGCACAAGAAUUUCCUUCGUGGCCUAGAAGUGUAUGGUCGUGGUAACUGGAAGAACAUAUCUAAGUACUUCGUCCCCACAAGGACGCCAAUACAGAUCUGCAGCCAUGCACAAAAGUAUUUCCAUAGGAAAGAGGGCACCACAAGAAAACAACGAUUUAGCAUCAAUGAUAUCGACCUCUAUGACACAGAUCCACGGGUGCAAAAGAACUCUUCUAGUUUGGAGGCUCUCACCUUUGGUCAUACUGCUUACAACAACAAAUAUUAUGACUUUGAGAGACAAAAUGUUGUCUUGAACAAACUCACACAUACUAGCCAGACGAGCAGUGGCCAUGUAGCUACAUGGACAAGAGGUCAACACAUAAUAGCCAGUUCAUCCAUAGAUCCAACAAUGGUGCAGAGUAACUCUCUUGGAUGGGAGGCGCUCACCUUCACUAGCGAUGCUAACAACACAAACAACUAUGACUUUGAUUGGCAACAUGAUUCUAUAAACAACCUCAGAUGUGCUAACCAAGCGAGCAAUAACCAAGUGGCCACUUGGACUAGAGGUCAACAAACAACUAGCUCUUCUGCAGCUCCAACGAUGGUGCAGAAUACUUCUCAUAGCUGGGAUGUGCUUUCCUUCACUGGCAAUGCUUACAACACAAACUACUAUGGAUUUGAUGAACAACAAGUUGCCUUAAGCAAUAUCACUAGAGGCAACCAUGGUGAGCAGCAACCAGGUAGUUACCUAGACAAGAGAUGAGCUAUCAACUAGUUCUUCUGUAAUUUUAAUGAUGGAGAGGGUUGAGAGUGACCAUACAACUUGUAUUGGCCAUCAAUAGGGAAGGCUUCCUUCAUAAUCAAUGGACGAACAUGUAUUAUAUUUUUACU